CCUCGCCCAGCCGGGGAAGCGCUACACAUUCUCGAGCACUGUGCUCUCCGUCAUGGCCCACAGAAAGAACGGGCGAGACAAGGAUGCAGCAGCUGUCAUGUUUGAAAGUACUCACAUCCUGCAGGAAUACACCUAUAAGAAAAUCACGGCCUGCGACGUCUGUCAGCAGAUACUGAGGGGACACUCCCGCCAAGGCCUGAAAUGCAGGAUGUGCAAAAUGAACGUCCACGCCGAAUGUCAGGACCAGGUGGGGAAGUGUCAGCCCAAGUCCCGCCUCCUGCGACGUCAGCGUUCCACCUCCGAGAUCGAAAGCAAACAGAUGGACGCCGGAGAAGAAGACAACGAGCCCACUAUCAGCUUCAGCUCGCUUAUCGCCAGCCAGCCUGCCCGCCGGGGCGCGGAACCUGCGUCCUCUAGUGCGGCCACGGAGAUCCAAAUAGCGCCAUCCAGCCCCGUGCACAACCGCCGCCUCCUCUCCGCCCGAAAUGUGAGGAUGAGCUCAGUUGAGCUUCCGGACGACAACGAAAAAUCGCUAAGUUCCGCCAGCACCUCACCGUGCCCUUCUCCCGUCAGUAAAAAACCUCACCGUCUUCUGCCCACUAACCUGUAUGUCGUCCUAUACAACUUUACGUCCAGACAUCCCGAUGAGCUCGAUCUAAGAGCCGGUUACAAAGUAACUGUUACGGACACGUCAGACCCCGACUGGUGGCAGGGCAAGUGUCUGGGAAGGACCGGGUACUUCCCCUCCAAGUACGUGACGCGCCUCAACUGCGGGGAGAAGCCGCUUCAGGUCACACACAACUUACAGGUCACCGACGGAGACAAUGGAAUUAAGCUUCUGAGAGACCAGAUCGUCAUCCAGAUCGGGGAGGAAGUGGAAGGAAUGGUCAUGAUCCGCAAUGGUGACAACCAGCAAGGCGUGUGUCCUCUGAAGUACCUCCAGGAAGCUUAAGCCCAGACGCGUCUCCCUUUGCAUUUAGCCUAAGACACAGACUCUCUCUCCAAAACCCCAUCCAUCAUAAAAAGGAAAAAAAAAAUAAGAAAAGAAAAA